CCGUAUAUUCGUAGUUCCUGCUUCCUAGUUCCUGCCUCUGCCAAGAGCGUCCACUGAUUUGCCAUCAGAGUUAGAACCACCAAAUCCUAACACACUCAUAAUUAUCAUUUCCGUCAGUAUCGCGCGACCAGCAGAUGUGAAAUGGCUGGUCCUCUACUUCGAGACGUUCUGCUUCGUCGCUUUCGGCUCCAAAACUUUCGCCCUUUUGUAGCGGGAAUCUCCGUGCAUGUGACUCCUCACCACUUAUUCUGCAGUGGCCCCACCGUCCCGCUGUCGGGACAAACAGAUGAGAAAGCAAGCGAUGCUGCUCAAAUCUCCAAGCUACCGGAUGUCCUCGCUGAUGAUGAAUGGAAGGAGAAGGCAAAGGAGAUCGUCAAGGACAUUGAUCCCAUCGUUGGGCUUGCGAAGGAUAUCCUGUUCUCAGGAAGGGAAGAGUAAAAUCAUGAUUUGGCUAUCCUCAGCAGAAGAUCUGAUAAAUAUAUGGACAGACAAGCAUGACAUUGCUGUGAGAGCAUCAAAUCCUCUAUAAUAACUGCUGAAAACAAUGCCUGCCUGCCUGUGAGACUCUGUACGCAGAUACAAUUUUUCUGUGAUAAAUUCUGUGUCUCCAUCAUUUGUUCACAUUAACAUGUGCUGCGUCUUUGGAGUAUUUACCAGUAUGGCUUCUUCAACAACUUUGUUCUUUAUUUGA